AUGAGAGGACUUUCCCUCCAUUCCUGUGCAGUUUUUGCAAUCUCUUUGCUCCCAUUUGUUUCGACCGUUGGGCCUCGCGCAGUAGAUGCCAAGCAAGUGAUACUUGCUGAUUUCGAUGCAAUCUACAACCUCACACAACAGGCCAUCGACUUCCAGACGUAUGGCUACGAUCGCUUUCGCGCCAAUGGGGACUGCGUCAAAACGCUCAUUGAUUUGGGAAAGAAAGUCGUGCAGAUCAACAAGACCAAGCCCCCAGUCACGCCUCUCAAUGACAACGACCAGAAUCAAGUCUGCGAUACCUUCAGUGGCCGGCGAUACACCAUUCACCAGGGCAGGCUGAUGAAUGCACUCCAAGAUGGAAUAUUCCAGGGAACAAAGGCCAGCUUUGCCGGCUAUUAUGGUGCUCUGGUUCGAAGGUUUAUUCCAAUAUUCUCGGAGUUCGAGGAUUGGGUGAUCAAGACUAUUCCCAACUGCAAGGUCAGAGCUUUGACUGAUAAACAAGUUCUUCUCAUUUUUCGGGAGGACGCAGCGACCACUAUUGAACUGAGUCGAGGCUACAGCAACGCGCAGGGAGAUCAGAUUCCCGAUUUCGGUUGA